AUGCUGUGCAGGGCUAUCUCGUUGCUGGCUGCUCUGGUUGCAGUGAUACUGCUAUUUGAGCUCGGUCGCACUGCGCGCACGUCAGCAGCACGGCUACAGCCGUACAGUUACUUGCCAAUGCUAAAGCCGGGUGCAAUCCUCGAAGCCCAUAACAAGUACCGUUUAUGGAGUGGAGUGCCUAACCUGACAUGGAGUGACGAGUUGGCUGCGUCAGCUCAAAAUUGGAGUGACAAGUGCAUUUUUGAGCACUCGUAUGGCCAGUACGGCGAAAACCUUGUUCUGGGUACGUUCAACACCAUGGGUGAAAUCCUGUACGGCAUGAGUUUAUGGACAAUCGAGAUGUGCUGGUAUGACUUUGACGCGCCAGGCUUCAACGAAACGACCGGCCACUAUACUCAGGUCGUAUGGAAGGAUACACAGAUGGUUGGCUGCGGCUAUAGGACCUGUAAAUCAGUCUCCGGAUUCAGCGGUCAGUGUGACGGAUGUGGCGUUGUCACGUGCCAUUACUCGCCGCCAGGGAACUACUUGUCCGCAACCCUGUUCCGUCUCAACGUCCUGAAACCCAUCAAGUCAUGGUGCCCAGGAGCGACAUGACGUUGGGGAUGGGCGUGAGGUGCCAAGGCAGGUGCAACUAGGAAAGCUGUCCUAAGAGAAUAGUACGACGUGGAUAUAUCGUAACCACCCUAUGACUAAUACGCAGGCAGGACAUGGCAUGGCAUCAUAUAGGAGAUUCAUACACGUAUAGGAAUUAUUGCGAAAAUGUACAGAAUCGGACGCGAUCCGUUUACAAUGCAGGGAAGCAGGGGCCUGAGGUAGGGGGGGGUCCACUUAAUGUUAACGUCACGGAUUAGGGCACGGAAGUCCUUGGUAGGAGCUUGAAACGUAGUUUCGCUCCACAUGGUUGUGAAGACGGGGUAAGUUUGCCAACAACUUAGCCGUUUGCGCAACAGGUAUUAAUGGAGAGCUGGUGGGCAGAGGGUUAAUCCGCGACCUUAAUCCUAUGUGGAAACACUCCCUAAAAACUGUGUGCGGAUG